CGUCCAGUGCCUAUCGCGAGCUCUGAUACCGCCGCAGCCCGUCGCCGCCGCCGCCGCCGUCGUCCUCCUCCGGCGAUCCUCCUCGCCCUCGAUUCGCCGGGUCCGCAAUUCAGGACGAGUUCUGGACUUGUUCUGCUGCUGAAAUAUUUCAUGCAAUUCCUAAAUUCCCUUCAAACGAAUUCGCUGAUUACCACAGGAGAAAUUUAAAAGCAACUUGGUCUCGCAAGGCUAACUGUCCAUUGCAGAUUCUACUUUCCUUUGGAGGUUUGUGUAGUGUGCAUUCUUACUGCACACGUCUGGAUACAUCCAUUUAAGAGAGGAUGGAAAAAUUCUCUUAAAUUGACUGGAAAUAGACCUUCUCACUGAUUUAUGGCCGAUCAAUCUUUAAGCAUCGUCAAUGCUGAUCAUCCUCUAGCUGUAGGACUUGCUGAUCAUGAACAUGCUGAUCAAUCAAUUGCUGUAGCCGAUGCUUCCUUGGCCAAUUAUCCUUUAGCUAUUGGUCAAGAAUUUCCCGAUGUUGAAACUUGCAGGAGGACUCUGAAAGAUACUGCCAUUGCACUGCAUUUUGAUCUUCGAAUAGUUAAAUCAGAUCGCAGCCGAUUUAUAGCCAAGUGCUCUAAAGAAGGUUGCCCAUGGCGUAUCCAUGUAGCCAAGUGCCCCGGAGUCCCAACUUUUUCUAUAAGAACCCUGCAUGGAGAGCACACAUGUGAAGGAGUUCACAACCUCCAUCACCAGCAAGCAUCAGUGGGUUGGGUGGCAAGAUCUGUUGAAGCACGCAUACGCGACAAUCCACAGUACAAACCGAAGGAAAUUCUGCAAGAUAUCCGUGAUCAACAUGGAGUUGCUGUCUCCUACAUGCAAGCCUGGCGGGGAAAGGAGCGUGGCAUGGCUGCACUUCAUGGUACUUUUGAAGAAGGGUAUCGCUUUCUUCCUGCCUACUGCGAGCAAAUAAGGAAAACAAACCCAGGAAGCAUAGCAUCCGUUUUUGCCACUGGACAAGAAAACUGCUUUCACCGCCUCUUCAUUUCUUAUCGCGCAUCAAUAUACGGAUUCAUAAAUGCUUGUAGGCCACUCUUGGAGAUUGACAGAGCACAUCUGAAAGGAAAAUACCUGGGGACAUUACUCUGUGCCUCGGCUGUCGAUGCUGAUGACUCAUUGUUUCCGUUGGCUAUUGCUGUUGUUGACACGGAAACUGAGGAGAACUGGAUGUGGUUCAUGUCGGAGUUGCGGAAGCUUUUGGGUGUGAAUACUGACAACAUGCCUAGGCUUACAAUUUUGUCUGAAAGGCAAAGGGGCAUUGUUGAAGCUGUAGAAACGCAUUUUCCAAGCGCGUUCCACGGUUUCUGCUUGAGAUAUGUCAGCGAAAACUUCCGUGACACUUUCAAGAACUCAAAGUUGGUUAAUAUAUUCUGGAAUGCGGUGUAUGCCCUCACGGCAGCCGAGUUCGAAAGUAAGAUCACAGAGAUGAUAGAGAUUUCACAGGAUGUCAUACCCUGGUUUCAACACUUCCCUCCUCAAUUAUGGGCCGUGGCUUACUUUGAGGGUGUCCGAUAUGGGCAUUUCACCCUGGGGAUCACAGAGUUAUUAUACAACUGGGCUCUUGAAUGUCAUGAGCUGCCUAUUGUGCAGAUGAUGGAACAAAUACGUCAUCAAUUUACAUUAUGGUUUGACCAACGCCGGGAGGUGGGCAUGAGAUGGACAUCAAUUCUUGUUCCAUCUGCAGAGAAGCGCAUUCUGGAGGCAAUCGCAGAUGCUCACUGCUAUCAGGUACUUCGUGCUAAUGAAGUUGAGUUUGAGAUCGUCUCGACUGAACGUACAAACAUUGUGGACAUAAGAACUCGUGUUUGUUCAUGUCGACGUUGGCAACACUAUGGACUGCCUUGUGCUCAUGCUGCUGCUGCCCUCAUCUCCUGUGGUCAGAACGUCCAUUUAUUUGCUGAGCCAUGCUUCACCGUGGCUAGUUACCGAGAAGCAUACUCGCAGGUGAUAAAUCCCAUUCCAGAUAGGAGCUUGUGGAAGGAACCUGGUGAGGGAACUGAUGGUGGAGGCGCCAAGGCUGACAUCACUAUACGCCCACCCAAGACGCGCCGGCCCCCUGGCAGGCCUAAAAAGAAGGUUCUGCGAGUGGAGAACUUGAAGCGCCCUAAGAGGAUCGUUCAGUGUGGCCGCUGCCAUUUGUUAGGACAUUCACAGAAGAAAUGCACGAUGCCUCUAUAACCCCCCUUAAGUUAGAUUUUUUUUAUCACCCUUUAUUUUUCCUCCCCAAAUCAUGUUGAUCCGCCAUAAGUGAUUUAGUUUCUUAUCUUUUUCCUCCUGGAGUUUGCUACAGAGUUCUUGUGUAAUUUGUAAGCAUGGAAUGGCUGUACUUUAGCUAUUUAGUUUCAGAAUGGAAAACCAUUGAGAGGCUA